AUGGACAUCAUCUGCCCGCUGGCGGUGCCCAAGGGGCGCCGGCUCUGCUGCGAAGUGUGCGAAGCCCCGGCCGAGCGCGUGUGCACGGCCUGCACGGUCACUUAUUACUGUGGUGUGGUUCAUCAAAGAGCUGACUGGGACAGCAUCCAUGAGAAGAUCUGUCAGCUCCUGAUCCCACUGCGCACCACCAUGCCCUUCUACAAUUCAGAGGAAGAGCGGCAGCAUGGCCUGCAGCAGCUUCGGCAGCGGCAGAAGCACUUGAUUGAAUUCUGCUACACUGUAGCCCAGAAAUACCUCUUUGAAGGAAAACACGAAGCCGCUGUCCCGGCAGCUUUGCAUUCGCUUUGCUUCCGCAUGAACCUACACGGCCUGAGUUCCGUAGAGCUCGUGCCUGCUUACCUGCUGCUGGCCGAGGCGAGCCUGGGUCUGGGCCAGAUUGUCCAAGCUGAGGAAUACCUAUCCCAAGCCCAGUGGACAGUCCUCAAAUCAACGGAAUGCUCUUAUGCCACCCAGUCUUUACUGCAUCGGAACCUGGGACUUCUCCACAUAGCUAAGGAAAACUACGAGGAAGCCCGUUAUCAUCUGGCCAAUGAUAUUUAUUUUGCCAGUUGUGCAUUUGGAACAGAGGAUAUCAGGACGUCAGGAGGCUACUUCCACCUGGCUAAUAUCUUCUACGGCCUUAAAAAGUUGGACGUGGCAGACACAUUGUACACGAAGGUCUCUGAGAUCUGGAGUAAAUACUUGAACAAUCGCUACCAAGUGCUCUCAGAGGCUCGCAUCCAACAGAUAGACUUACUGGGCAAACGAUUUGAGACUGACACCGGCUUGGAUGAAGCCCAGGAAGCAGAAGCCAUUCAGAUCCUGACUUCAAUCUGGAACAUUCGAGAAUCUACAUCCGACACAGCCCCCCAAAAAACUAUCUUUGUUCUGAAUACCCUGGUCAUGCUUUACUACCUGAUGAUGAAUUCUUCAAAGGCACAAGAAUAUGCUGAGAGAGCCUUCGGUCUAGCCAAAGAACACCAUCUCAGUGUCCAUGAACAAAGUAGCAUUCAAGAGUUACUAAGUCUUAUCUCAGCUGAAGAAACUCAUCCUGUUACUUAG